AUGGAAGAAGGCUCACCAGUAAAACAGAAGGGGACCUCAUCAAGAGUCAUUGACCUGCUUCACACCACCAUAGAUGAUUUGAAGGAAGAACUCGACUCCGUCAAGAUUUCGCACGAUGACUAUAAGAAGAAAUACACGUCAGCUUCGAAAAAGAACGAUCUGUUUGUUGAUCAGUUGGCCAACGCCAAACAUGAAAAUGAUAUGGUCCAUGCACUUUUGAAGCGUAAGGAACGUAGAAUUGUUGAUUUGGAAGACCAGUUUAAUGAUUUAUGUUCCAAUAACGAAUCAUUGAAACUCAACUUCAAGAAUAUGAAAAUUAGAUGUGAAAAUUUGCAAGAAUCGUCCGCAUCCUCGACAGCAGAGUAUGAAAGGUUGAAAAUUGCAUAUGAUGCCCUCUUAGCGUCCCAAUUGGAAUACAAGAGACAUUACCUGCUGGAAAUCACUAACUUGACCACUUCGUUUGAGCAAUAUAAGAAGCAGAAUGAAGAGAAAUUGAACAAGAUUGCUGAACAAUUCCAAAGCAAUGACAAGGAUGUGGAAAUCUUGUUGGAUAGUCUAACAAACAAAAAGAAGGCGUUGGAAACGUUAUAUGUAAACAAGAACAAGACCGUUCUAGAACUUUUGGGCAAGCUCUCUAAGGUCGCUAAGCUACACGGACAAGAGCUGAAGACAGUACUUGUAGACGUGGUAGAGUCCAUGGAAGAAUUGUUAGAGAAAUACCCUGAACUUCCCAAUAAAAUCCAAGAGCAUGAGAAGAUUGAAGUUGACAUAAGUGAAAUCUUGAGUGAGAGUAACGAAACCUUGUUGGCUAACUGCUCAUUUGAUGAAGAACAGACUUUGGUAAAUUCCCCAGAUCCUGGUAGUGAACCAAGAAUGAAGGGCCAACAGCAUCAGCAGCAUCAAAUUAAAAGUGAUACUCUGAACCAAAACCAACAACAACCAGGAGCUAGUAGAAGAAGGAAAAAUAAGAGACUGUCGCUCAGAAUUGACUCGAAUAACGCCCCUGACUUUAGUUCUGUUGCUAGUCCAAACCAAUCACAAUUUAAUUUACCAAAGAGAAAUUUCAAUCUUAAAAGUAGUGACUCUAAGACGAGAGCACCAACACCUCCAAGUAACUCAAAUGUGAAUGGAUUUCAAAACAGCAGCAACAACAACAACAACAACAUUAAUAAUAGUAAUAAUUCCUACCAAAGAAGAAAUAACAGUGGAAAUAAUUACAACCACCAUAAUGGCUCCAACAACUACAACAACAAUUCCAAUAAUUCAAAUUCUAAUUUUAAUUCAAAUUCUAAUUCCAAUAAUUCUAACACCAACAACAGGUCCAAGAGAAGGUCGAUGUACGGGCAAAGUAACGGAAACAAUGGCAAUUACAAUAACUACAAGGGGAACAGACAAAGUUUCCACGAACAACAAGCUGUUAAUUUAUAG